CGCACCCACACCACACCACCUCGCCCUCCAAACCCCAUCAUCACCCACCUGCCCUUUUCCAUUUGCUUUGCUAGCUUCUUCCUCCUCUCGUCACCUCGCCAUUGCAUCCCAUCUUGUGCUCCCAGUUCUUGCUGCUGCUAGCUCGAUCUUUCGCAUGCGUCUAACUCCGUUCUCCCAAUCCUAGCAAGCCCUGAGAGAGACUGUUCUUGUGAGAGAGCUGGACACCAUCUCCCCACCCAUUACGCCUUAGCCAAACCUUGAGAAAAACCUGUGGAGCAUGUAACUCCAGUCCCUAUCAAAAAUCCAAACCCAACCCCCAAAAAAACACACAAAAAAAAGAAAUCAAGAUCUCCAAAAGCAUCGGUGUUGCGAAGCGAGGCGUAAGUUUUGGUAGGCUGGAUACUUCCCCACUAAUUCCUUAGCACAAACUCAACAAAAGCCUCCGGAUCAUGUAAGUUUCGCCAUCAUCUUUGCUCGCCACCCAACUGACAAAAAAACCAAAAAAAAAAAUAGCAAGACCAUCCAGCAUCAUGCAUCGCUAGUUGUAGCCAUACAUCAGUCGUAGUCUCUGCUAGUGAUCGGCCUGCUGGAGCCCAUCAUCCGGCCAUUAUCAUAGCAUCACCUCAGCAAAAACCAUCAAAUCAUGUAAUUAGUACACUUCAGUGACCUAUUUCUGCUGCACUGCCGGCAGUCCAAAAAACCAAAAAAAAAAGAGAUUGUCUUCGAGAGUGAGAGCGAGAGAGCAAGAGAGGGAGAGAGGAAGCAAGCAGGUGCUGGGGUAGAGCUAGCAAUUGCAACCGAGCAGCAGCUAGCAAUGGCGGAGCCGGGGUCGACGACGCCGCCGAACGGGUCUGCGCCGGCGACGCCCGGUACGCCGGCGCCGCUGUUCUCCGGCGGGCCGCGGGUGGACUCGCUGUCGUACGAGCGCAAGUCGAUGCCGCGGUGCAAGUGCCUGCCGGCGGUGGAGGGGUGGGGCAUUGCGACGCACACCUGCGUCGUCGAGAUCCCCGCGCCGGACGUCUCGCUCACCCGCAAGCUCGGCGCGGAGUUCGUGGGCACGUUCAUCCUCAUCUUCUUCGCGACGGCGGCGCCGAUCGUGAACCAGAAGUACGGCGGCGCGAUCAGCCCGUUCGGGAACGCGGCGUGCGCGGGGCUGGCGGUGACCAUCAUCAUCCUGUCGACGGGCCACAUCUCCGGGGCGCACCUGAACCCGUCGCUCACCAUCGCGUUCGCGGCGCUGCGCCACUUCCCCUGGCUGCAGGUGCCCGCGUACGUGUCCGUCCAGGUGCUGGGCUCCAUCUGCGCCAGCUUCGCGCUCAAGGGCGUCUUCCACCCUUUCCUCUCCGGCGGCGUCACCGUCCCCGACGUCACCAUCUCCACCGCCCAGGCCUUCUUCACCGAGUUCAUCAUCUCCUUCAACCUCCUCUUCGUCGUCACCGCCGUCGCCACCGACACACGCGCCGUGGGUGAACUCGCCGGGAUCGCGGUGGGAGCGGCCGUGACGCUGAACAUCCUCGUCGCCGGGCCGACGACGGGCGGGUCCAUGAACCCGGUGAGGACGCUGGGGCCGGCGGUGGCGGCGGGGAACUACAGGCAGCUGUGGAUCUACCUGCUGGCCCCGACGCUGGGCGCGUUGGCGGGGGCAGGCGUGUACACGGCGGUGAAGCUCAGGGACGAGAACGGCGAGACGCCGCGCACGCAGCGCAGUUUCCGCCGCUGAUCAUGACGACGCGCGAGACAUUAUUGUCCGGCCGGCCGUGCACGUCACGCGCCCUCGUCGUCCUCCUCCGCGUAACGCACGGCCACGCCGCGCGCGCGUCCGUGGUGUCCGUCUCGUACCGUGUCAAGUGUAUCGUGUCGGUGUCGAGUCGGUACGUACUGUGUCCGUGUCUGUGUUGCAAUAAGCCCCGUUCUGCUUCGUCCAGAACGGCCGGCGGCGUCCAGUGCUAUGUGUGGUCUGUGUUGUGACUUGUGAGUCGGAUUAUUCUGGGUCGUCAUUCGUCAAAGAGUCGUGUGUUUUGAACGAGUCUCUCGGUGUCGGGUUUGAUGCGAUCCAUCAUCGUGUGUCUUGAAUAAAAGCCACGCUGAUGCACCGGCUGACGGGCAUCUGGAUGUGUGGUUUCUGAAGUAGGACUGAUUUGCUUUA